UUGGCCGAAAAUCGCGAGAGCCGCCACUCAACAAGUGACCCGGAGGCGUCCAGCAGACGGUGACCGUGAUCUCCGCCACCUUGCCUCCGACGUGUGCGACCUUUUGAACGUUUUGUGUGAUGUUCGCGUGAGAUUCGGGGGACUAUUGGUUCCGAAUUUGAUUUUAUAUUUAUUUUGGUUGGGACGGUGCCGGAAUGGCGCUGGAGCUGAGCAGCCACACGGCGAUGCCGCUGGACUACAGCAACAGUUCGAACAGGGAGAACUCCGGGAGUCCGGUGAACGUGGCCGACUCGGCGCCGAACAGUCCGCCGGGAAGUAGUGCCUUCACGGUGGUCACGCCGAAGGGAAGGGAAAUUAACAUAUCAGAGGAGAACGUGUCUCCGGUGCACUUCCCGCCGACCACCGGAGUCUUCCCCACGUUCUGCCGGAGCCUGUGGGGCUCGCCCCUGCUGCCCGGACCCAGAUUCCUGCCGACCGUAAUGCAGCAGCAGACCGACGCCCCGAAGGAAAAAUCGCCAGAGCCCAUCAAGUUCGGGAUCCAUCGGUUGGUGUCCAAGUCGUCGGACGACGAGGACGAGCACACCAACAACAACAACUCCAAAUGCCUACAAAGAGAAAAAACGAAUAGUGUCAGCUACAACAGCGGCGACGAAAUGUUGUCGCCACAAAUCAAUUCAGAAACCCGCUGGGAAAGCACCCCGCCGAGGGUGUCCCCCAGCACGUCACCCGAAUUGGAGGUGGACUCUCCGGUCCACUCCAGGACUAAUUCACCGUCGCCGGUGACGGAAAUCCAAAAGAGUGACUCGCCCUUAAAAAAAUCCGAGACUUUUUCGGUGAGUGCGUUGUUGCGUCCCGACCUGCCCAAAAUCAAAUCGGACAGUUCGCCCUGUUACCAAGAGACGAUAUCCUUCACCAGGUCGUACCUUUAUCCACCUUUUGUCGAUUUGGUGAAAGACGCCCAACUAAAAUCGGUUCAGGACUACAACCAGCAGUUGUUACCCAGGAACUUUGUGCAUCCUAGCUUCUUCCCGCCAGGACUGUACCCUCCCAAGGAGGGCGAAGAGCGGAACUUCUUCCCCGCCACCACGUCACUGUACUUCAGCGCCAUGGCUGCAGCCAUGGCUUCAGGCCAGGGACAAGCCAGUCAGUACCCACCUCCAAGCUCCGGAGAGGAUUUAUAUCGCUUCCGGCACCACCUACUAAAUAAUCCUCCAGGCAUGCACCCACAUCACCAUCAUUUACUAAUGAGACCCGGCAUGAUGCCCAUCGGAGACGUCUACUCGUGCAUCAAGUGCGAGAAGAUGUUCUCCACGCCCCACGGCUUGGAGGUGCACGCCAGGAGGUCGCACAACGGCAAAAGACCUUUCGCCUGCGAGCUGUGCAACAAAACAUUCGGACAUGAAAUCAGCUUAAGUCAACACAGGGCUGUGCACAACGUGGAAAAAGUAUUCGAAUGCAAACAGUGCGGCAAAUCGUUCAAGAGGUCCUCGACGUUGUCCACACAUCUCCUCAUCCACUCCGACACGAGACCUUACCCUUGCCAGUACUGCGGGAAGAGGUUCCACCAGAAGUCAGACAUGAAGAAGCACACCUACAUACACACUGGCGAGAAGCCCCACAAGUGCACGGUGUGCGGCAAGGCCUUCAGCCAGUCGUCGAACCUGAUCACCCACUCGAGGAAGCACACGGGCUUCAAGCCCUUCGCCUGCGACCUGUGCGGCCGUGCGUUCCAAAGGAAAGUGGACCUGCGCCGCCACAAGGAGACCCAGCACACCGAACUGCGGCCAAUCGUCACAUAGUGCCAGAACGCCGGAAGUCUGCCGCAGCUUCCGGUGACCACGUUCAGUGCCAAGGAGGAGGCCGCACCUGGCAUGGCCAUGGAGCAGCCGUCCACUUUGGGGAGUCAGGAUGGUAGACUUGGGGGCUUGGGUGGCGUCAGUUUGCCACCCAUUGGGGCCGUGUUCGCCAACGUCAGUUGGCCCAACCAAUAGAGAAGGCAUACCAAAGACUAAAACCAAAACGCAGCGCCUCCAAAAAUACCAAAGUUGAAGAAAUUAAUUUUUUAAUGUAAUAUAAUAGUAAUAAUAAUAAUGAGUUUGUUGGUAUUUCUGGAUGUGCCUGUCCAAUUUUUUGAUGUAUCAUCUGUGAUUAUAGUCAUCAUAUUAAAUAUGGUGCUAACUUAGGCUUAAUUCAUGUUUGGGGGGUGCACCCCCGAAAUUUAUCAGUGUACUAAGUGUUAAUACUUUAAGUCUAUACAUGUGCAAUUAUUUUUUAUCCAUCAGUGCAAUUUUAAAUAGAGGUAACCACGGAUCAAUGACGAAUAAAAGCCGGACGGCGACUUCAGACCCGGAUGCAUAAUUCAUGGUGGCGUAAAGCAAUAAUAAAAGCUGGGGCAUUCGAAUUUACAUCAGGAGCCGCCGGCGAAAUCUCGCGUUUACGCGGUUCCGGUUAAAAAUCAAGCCGCUCAAUCAAGCACUUCCUUUCCUGCUUUAUAUUCAGGCCGUCGUUCCGGGCGCCGUCGUAAAUAAAGAUAUCCUCGCUUUCCGGACGCCCUGUAAAUUCGCGAUUGGGAAAACCGGCGAGUAUUCGAUUUUUCACUGAUUUUAUUGUAACAAUCUGCAGGAGUUUCGUGCGUUGCAGGAGGGCUCAAUCACUUUAAUUGUCACCUUGAUGUUCCAUUGAUGUUUUAUGGGGUUUAACAUCAACAAACACGAAAAAUUGAACCUCCCGUGACAGUUCUUGUCAAAACUUGGGCUUUACGCGAAGGACAAGAGGCAAAUCCACGCCCGCAAAAUCACACGGGGGUAGCGCCGAAACGGAUCUGACAGUUCCCGGUUACGGAGAGGGAGGAUUUUCUGGGGAGUUACAGAACGCGGCCGUGUAACCGAAAACCGAGCUUUCUGGCCGUCGCGUCGGGAGUAUGGAGUUACGCGACACGACGACACCGGGGCCUUAAUUUAAUCGGGGGGCGAUAAUCUUAAUGUUUCUGUUUAAAUACCGGCAGCCGCAGCCCCGGAAUAUUGUUCAUGAAGCGGGACCGUGACUCGGGUGGAUUAAUUUCGGGCUUUGGAAAAUCAAUCGUUUCGGCUUCGAUUUCGUCAUUGUUCUACGGUGAUACUUACUUGAAUAUACUCCUGAUAAAUGUUAUUAGGAUGACGUAACUGAUUUUAUUUUAAACUUUUUGUUACCAGAGCAGAUUAUAGUUACAAUUCAAAUAUUUUGUACAUUGAUACGAUUUUCGUUCCUUGUUUAUAUUAACCAGCUUUUGAUAUUACCAAAUUGUACAUAUUUUAUAUUUAAUUAAAAAAAAGACAUUGUUAUAUUAUUAUUUGAUUUUUGUUUUGUAUAGUUCUUAGUCAAUGUUGGAUGUAUAUGAAACGAAAAAAUGUAAAUUAAUGAAAAUUUUAAAUAUUUAUAAGCACUUUGUAUGUAUUAGACCUAGUAAAAUACCUGUACCUAAGCUUGUGAAUGUUUCAACACACAAACUUUAUUCUACCACACAAAGAAAUUAAACGA